AUUAGGCAUUGAAAUAUUUUUCUUUGGUAGAAUUUCCCUCGGCGAGCGCAGAGCGACGGAGGGAGUGGCGUUUUCUCUUCAUUUCUGCAUCUUGAAGGGGAAUUCAGCUCAUACCCCCUAAAUACUUUCUGCAGUAUCUCUUCAAUUUCUCGAUCAUGGAUCCGAACCAGCCACCUGUGGAAAAUUAUGCCAACCCGAAGACUUGUUUCUUUCAUGUUCUUUUUAAGGCUGGAGCAUUGGCUUUUUACAUACUUUCCUCUCUCUUUUUCAAUAGUUUUGUUAUCAUUUUCGUGGUGACUGUUUUCCUUGCUGCUCUCGAUUUUUGGGUGGUAAAGAAUGUGAGUGGGCGUAUUCUGGUUGGUUUGAGGUGGUGGAAUGAAAUAAAUGAUCUGGGUGAGAGUGUAUGGAAAUUUGAAAGCCUUGAUCAAGAGUCAUUGUCUCGGAUGAACAAGAAAGAUUCCUGGCUAUUCUGGUGGACCUUGUACCUUACGGCAGCUGCAUGGACUGUGCUGGGAAUAUUCUCGUUGAUAAAGUUUCAAGCUGAUUAUCUCCUUGUCGUAGGAGUUUGUUUGACUUUGAGCGUUGCGAACAUUAUUGGCUUUACAAAAUGUCGUAAAGAUGCCAAGAAGCAGUUGCAACAAUUUGCAACCCAGACCAUUGCGUCUCAGUUCUCCUCUACAUUACAAUCAGCUUUUAGUGUUGUUUGAGGCAUCCGUAGCAUGUGAAAGCAGAUGGAAGAAAUUAAUGCAGUGGCACAAGAGAGAUGAUAUGAUGUGAUGUGAUGUUGAGCAGCUGCUCUCAAGGCAUGUAAAUGUGCAUUAUUUUAGUAGGCCUUACUGAAUCGGAUUGGGUUCCUUCUGAACUUUUUUUUGGAUAUAAAAAAGAAAGAAAGAGAUUGAAUAAUUUUGUACAACUUCCUUUUUCCAUUGAUUUGUAUUGUGAAAAUCCAAUGAAAUUAAUCAUAGAAAAACAUUAAUUUUGCUA